AUGGCUUCUCUUCUGAAACUUGUCACGGUGGCCCUCGUGUUUGCCGAGGGUGCUGUCUGUGCUGCUACCAGACAGCCGCCCACUGUGCACGUAAAGAACGGUACCUAUGAGGGCAAAUACGUUGCUUCAUAUAACCAGGAUCUCUUCCUUGGUGUUCCCUUCGCCCAGCCUCCUGUGGGGUCUCUUCGUUUCCAGAACCCUCAGCCCUUGAACACAACCUUCAAGACCAGAAAGGCGACCGAGUAUGCUGACUCUUGCGUCGGAUACGGAAACAGCCCUGCUUGGCCGCAUACCCUCGGCGAGGACUGCCUGACCCUGAACAUUGUCCGCCCGGCAAAGUCAGGACGUGGCAAGAAUGACAAGCCGCUGCCUGUUGGUGUCUUCAUCCACGGUGGAGGUUGGUCGAUGGAUUACAGUGCCAACGGCGUCUACAACCUGAGCUUCAUUGUGGAGGAGUCUGUGAAGAUGGGAAAGCCUUUCCUUGCCGUCUCUGUCGACUACCGACUGUCCUUCUGGGGAUUCCUAGCCAGCAAGGACAUCAUGGACGCUGGCAUCGCCAACCUCGGUCUCAAGGACCAGCGCAUUGCCCUGCACUGGAUCAAGGAGAACAUUGUUGCUUUUGGCGGCGACGUUGACAAGAUCACCAUCUGGGGCGAGAGCGCUGGAGGCGGCAAUGUCGGCUACCAGGCCACUGCUUUCGGAGGAAAGGAUGAGGGCCUAUUCCACGGAAUCAUUGCCCAGUCCGGCGCUGAUGGAACGGACAUGAAGAACCUGACUAACCCCCAGAAGCGCUACGACACCAUCGUCAAGGCCGUCGGCUGCGACAAGAAGAAGGAUAAGAUUGCCUGCCUGCGAGAUGUUCCUUUCGACAAGCUCAACGCGACUAGUGAACUGGUUCCCGGUAACUUUUACCCCGUUGUUGAUGGAGAUUUCAUUCCCGACUACUCGUCAACACUUCUUGAGGAGGGCAAGUUCACCAAGGUGCCCAUUCUUCUUGGUACCAACGCCGACGAAGGCACACUAUUCGGAAACUGGGGCCUUAACACCGACGAGGAGGUCAGGAGCCUCAUCGCCUCGGCCGGUCCUGAUGCGGAGACCAUCGAUAUCCUUAUGGCUCUGUACCCCAAUGUUGAUGCGCUCGGUCUGCCCGCUGCGUAUCGCGUGAGGCCCGAUGGCCCUGUCGGAGCCCAGUUCAAGCGCGUCAUUGCUCUGCAGUCUGAUCAGCUCUUCACCUCGUGGAGGCGUCUGAGGACUGAUGCUUGGUCCAAGCAUGGCGCUACUGCGUACUCGUACUUGUUCGAAUCGCCCAACACUCAGAACUUUGAGUUCUUCGGCACUCCUCACUUCACUGAGAUCGGCUACGUCUUUUAUAACAGGAUCGGCCUCGGCUACGCUAAGGGUCAGAGCCCUCUGACUGGUGCCUCCAAGGAGGUCCUCCAGCUGGCCAAGCUCGUCACUCGCAUGUGGAUCAGCUUCAUCAACAAUCUCGACCCCAACAACCAUGGCAUCCGCGGUGUUGAGAAGUGGCCUGUGUACAAGGCGGGCGGUGGCUACGGAGAAAACUUUUACUUCAACCCCAACGGUUCGAGUGUGCAGCCUGACACUUUCCGACUGGCUCAAACGACAUUUAUGAACUCUGUUACGAGGGAGCAGUAUGGACGGUAG